AUGGUUUCUUUAAAGGCUAUCGCUGUUGCUACCUUGGCAGCCGUUGCUACUGCUCAGUACUCCAACUCUACAUCUUCUGAUGUUCCAUCAACUUUCUCCAUCAGCUCUUCUUCAAGCGAGGAAGAUGUUGCUACCUCUUCUUCCGAGGACUUCAUCAUCUCAUCCUCCACUUCCUCUGAGGCUGUCCGUACCCCAUACAUGACUGGUUACUUGGAUGCUGAAGGUGCUCCAACCUUUGAGAUCUACCUUCCAGGAAACAUUGCCACUUGGACCAACGUUGAAGUCCAAGGUUCCAACCCUGAUUCUCCUUAUGUCUUCAGUGGUGUUGAUGUCAAUGUCGACUCUGAGGUUGUCGGAUCUGGUUCUUACACUGAUGACACUUUCUCCGCUUCCUACGACCAAUCUAUUGAGUACGAGGAGGACUUGAUUAUCUACAUUCACGCUGUUGCUACUGGUGAAGCUCCAUACAGUGCUAUUGCUUCCGUUGCUAUCACAGUUCCAGAUGAGAGCAGAUUGAAAAAGAGAGCUACUAUUACUCUCGAUUUCGAAGCCUCUAUCGACCAGGAUGCUAGCAGCAUCUCCUCUGUUGAGAGUUCUUCUUCCGCUGAGGAGUCUACUGAGUCUGAAUCCUCUGCUGAGUCUGAAUCCUCUGCUGAGUCUGAGUCUUCUUCCGAGUCCGAGUCUUCUGCUGAGUCUGAGUCUUCUUCCGAGUCCGAGUCUUCUGCUGAGUCUGAAUCCUCUGCUGAGACCAUCACCUCUGAAAUCACAUCUACUGCUACUGCCAGUGACAUUUCAACCACCGUUGUUACUAUCACCUCCUGUUCUGACAACGCCUGCUCCAAGACUGCUGUCACCACUGGUGUCACUGUUGUGACUGCCACCAUCUCUGGUGUUGUCACUGAGUACACAACCUACUGCCCACUCACUGCUGAUGAGACUUCUGCUGAAGAGACCACCACCGUUGCUCCAGCUUCUGAAGUUUCUUCUGUCGUCACCACCACUGUUACUGCUCCAUCUACAACUGUUGUUACUAUCACCUCUUGUGCAGAGAACCGUUGUGAGGAGAGCACAGUCACCACUGGUGUCGUCGUUGUCACAUCCACUCCAGCUGAGGGUGAGGUCACUAUUUACACCACUUACUGCCCAUUGACCAGCGCUUCUUCUUACACUACUGUUAUUACCGUGACUCCAACUGAGGCACCAGCUACUACCGAAACUGGUGAGGUUAUUACCACUGAGGUUACCACCGUUGUUACUGGUACUUCUGAGAACGAGGAGACUGCCUACACUACUGUCGUCACCGAGGUUACUACUGUUGGUGCUGAGGGUACUACUGCUACUGCUGAGGGUACUACUGCCACUGCUGAGGGUACCACCGCUACUGCUGAGGGUACCACUGCUACUGCUGAGGGUACCACCGCUACUGCUGAGGGUACCACCGCUACUGCUGAGGGUACUACUGCCACUGCUGAGGGUACCACCGCUGCUACUGAGGCUACCACUGCCACUGAGGCUGCCACUGCUACUGAGGCUACCACUGUCUCCACUGUUGCCAGCGGUGCUGAAGGUUCUGCCUCCGUCUCCACCUACGAGGGUGCUGCUGCUCAAUUGAGCGCCGGUGCUGCUGCUUUGGCUGGUUUCGUCUACUUGCUGUUGUAA